AUGACCAUGUUAAAUGAGAUACUUGGUGUUUAUGGAAAAGUUGGACAAAGUGGUCGUAAUGAUGAUGAUGUUUACGACCGAUAUAGUCAUCGUUGGACAGUAAUUUUACUUGGAUUUUUUGCCAUUGCACUCAGUGCUAAACAAUUUGUUGGUGAUCCAAUUGAAUGUAUUCCACCACCGGACUUUGGCGGAACACAUAAAACUUACGUGGAUAAUUACUGCUGGAUUCACUCGACAUAUUCAAUUGAUGAGAAUGCAGCAUUAACACGAAAUUUCGUUCGUGGCGGACAAGGUUCGCGUACGACACCAUACUAUAUUUGGGUUCCUUAUAUACUAACUCUUGCUGCUCUAUGUACAUAUCUACCAGCAUGGAUAUGGCAUCUUGUCGGUCAUCGUGCAACGUUCGAUAUUCCAGCGAUGAUUCACCAAGUAGCAAAAACCAAUUUAACUGAUCCCGAGGAACGUCGAACGACAUUGAUAGUUCUCUCAAAACACUACGAGAAGGCGCAACGAUACUCGAAAUUGAAACUUGGUCAAACAGAUAAUAUUUUCAAACGAGCCCUUUCUGCUUGCAUGUUCUUUGCCGGAGGUGGAGUAUUAACAGGAAUCUAUUUUCUUAUCAAGAUUCUUUAUCUCCUGAAUGCAAUCGGUCAAUUCUUUUUAAUAAACUAUUAUCUUCAAAUUGAUUAUUUAUCCUACGGACAAAAAGUUCUCUAUGGAAUCAUGAACGGACGCGAUUGGUUGGAAAACAAAUUUAUCUUUCCACGGGUUGUCUUUUGUGAUUUUACAAUACGAUAUCUAGGUGAUAAUAAUUUAAACUACACCAUUCAAUGUGCUUUACCAGUGAAUCUGUACAAUGAACGUAUCUUUGCGUUUUACUGGUUUUGGUUAAUCUUUUUAUCCCUUGCGACAUUCUAUGGCAUUAUCGUCUGGGUUGGUAAUAUGAGUUAUCGUGGUCGUCGUGGUUUCUUGAAACGACAUUUACGUCUGAAUUUACAGUCAGAAUUGACCGAUACCGAGAAACAUUCAUUCGAUAGAUUUGUUGAUCAGCAUCUGGGUGGAGAUGGUAUACUUUUUUUGAGAUUAAUCGCUAAAAAUACCAAUCCAGUCAUUGCUGGUGAACUUCUUGGAAUCAUGUGGAAUCGUUAUGUUACACCUCCAACCCACAUCGCAGUUGUCUCAACAAAUGAAAAUGUACAACUGACACCCGAUACGUAUUUGAACGGAGGUUCUUUAGCCAAGGCGAACCCAUUGGCAAUAAAAGAUGAAUAG